UGACAUGAUUGGUCGUAGACCAGUUCAUACCCGCCAAAACCAGCUCAAACCAGUUCGGGACUGUUCUUUUCAUUCAUCUUGCGCCACUCUCUGGAUUGCAGGCUGCUGUUCUUCACAAUCCACACUUUAUCUGCCCCAUCCGUUUAAAAUAUAAGUCAUCAACAUGAGCGAGCCGAAGAUUCCCCCAGUCAAGCUCGUUUUGGUUGGAGAUGGUGGUGUGGGCAAAACGACCUUUGUGAAACGUCAUCAGACUGGAGAAUUCGAAAAGAAAUAUGUGGCCACACUCGGUGUGGAAGUCCAUCCCUUGGAGUUUUACUCAAACAGAGGAAAGCUCCUCUUCAACGUAUGGGACACGGCUGGCCAAGAAAAGUUUGGUGGUUUGAGAGAUGGUUAUUACAUUCAGGGUCAAUGUGCUAUAAUCAUGUUUGAUGUGACGUCUCGGGUGACCUACAAAAGUGUACCAAACUGGCAUCGGGAUCUUGUACGAGUCUGUGAAGGCAUCCCAAUGGUGUUGUGUGGAAACAAAGUAGACAUUAAAGACAGAAAAGUCAAAGCUAAAUCAAUCGUUUUCCACAGAAAGAAAAAUCUUCAGUACUACGACAUUAGUGCCAAGAGUAACUACAACUUCGAAAAGCCAUUCUUGUGGUUAGGAAGAAAAUUGGUUGGAGAUCCUAACUUAGAAUUCGUUGAAAUGCCUGCCCUUACCCCACCAGAUGUUCAUAUGGACCCCAAACUGGCACAGAUCUAUGAACAGGAGAUCCGGGAGGCGGCAAGCACAUGUCUACCAGAAGGUGAAGAUGAAGACUUGUAGACUGAUUACACCAACUGGCUUAUUCUUGAAGCUACAGUAUAAACAAUCUGAUAGCAAGCAUUGUGUGUAUAUUCUUGUGGAGGAUUCCGUCUUGAUAAAACAUUCUACGAGUAGGAUUACCUAGGCUACUGUAAGCUGUGGCUUGUGAGAAACUGAGCAAGCUAUGGGGAAAGAACACAUCCGUAUGUUAGUCCUCCGGUUAAUAAGACAACUCAGCAGAGCGAGUGGACAUCAUUCUUGUCCUUGUUAUUUUAUAAUUUAUUGACUCUCGAUUCAAUUUCUACAUAGCCGUAUUGACUUAACAAAACAGACUUGAGGAGUUUUUUCAAUUGAACACUCAAUUCCAAACACAAUAUUUGCCAAUCUUGUACUUGUGUGGAAGUAACCUCUAUAAAGCUGUAAAUAGGAAAAAAGGAAGGUCGUCUUUCAUAAUUUAGUUAAAGAACUACUGUGAGAAUGUUUCAUCAUGCUGCUGAUGUCUGUUCUCUACUUCUCGCUAUUUUAUACCGCCACUCGGUACAACAGUGCGAACAAUUAUCUAAUGGCAUGUCUUGCUAAAACACCUUCUACAUUUUCAUUGCAUGUGAAGUGACAGCCAAGAUAUUGUUGUUGACAUGUUUUAACUUAAUGGGGUAUGAAAUGUUUGUGCAGUUACUAUCAUAAGAGAAGUCGAGAAACAAGAGGUUCCAGAAAUUCAUAAUGCAUUUCGAAAAUUAAUGACGAUUUAAAAGAAUUGUGUGCUUUGUGUCGAGUAGGUUACACUGAAUAUCAUUGUGCUCACACGUCUGACAAGUCUUCAUAUACAAAGUGAAUCUUAAGCGAUUUAUAGGUUGAGAAUGUGAAAGCAAUUCUGAUGGGGGGGAUUUAGCUUUAAUGGUAAGCGUCGACAUCUCUUGGUGCUGGUAGUGUUGCCUUAUGUGAGGAGGGUGUUGUUUCAUAUCCUGUCGGAAGCAAAAUGCUUUUAAAUCCAGAACCUAAAAAAUGAGUAAAGAUUUACACUGUAUAUAUCUAUAUCCUACAUAAAAUUGGCUUCAGUUUUAUAGAACUGCUUCUAUGAAGCAACCAUCUCUCUUCUCCAUGAUUCUAAUUGUCUGCAUUUGCAAGACUACCAACAAGCUAGAAUAUGUUACGGGUUAGAAGAGGGGGGUGUUUAUUACUGUAAAUGAGUGGCUGCUGUAUUGGCUGGCAGCAUGAAAUUCUAGGUUGGCACACUUGCAAAUGUCCUAAUUUCUAUACCCAAGAAUGUGGUUUAUGGUUGGUCUUCACUCCCAACAACAUUGUCUAAUGUGGUGUUCCAUGGUGUAUGUUAGUAAUGUUACCAGCAAUUGAUAGUCUCAAGCUACUUUCUAAACCAAGUGGGAGUUCAAUGAAUGCAGUAGAAGUCCCAAGUGGUACUGUGCUAUGAUUGGAAUGAGCGGUGUGGGUGCAAUGCAAGUCAAACGACUCUGGUCUCCAUGCUUUUCACAGCUUAAGUUGUUCAAACUGAGAGACAUUGAAAUGCAUUACUCCUUGUUUGGUUAGUGAGGUUAUCAAUUGCUGUUUAGUUUAGUGUCUGGGUCUCCUGGGAUAACCUGCCUGGGUUUGAGGAUUCAUUCACGUUGGAAACGGCGUUUUUAUGCAAAUAUCAUGAUUUGGCAACUGUUUCUGUAAAACUAGAAGAAUAUGAUGAUGUAAAUCAUCGGAGUUAGUGUAAAAAAAUAUGUAUAAUAGAGGAUCGAUUUGACCUCUGUCACUGAAUGAAUACUUAUGAAAAAGAACUAACAAAAACAAGUGAAUUUUGUAUUUUGUUAAAAUGUACGUUUUCUGUCUAACAUUAAAGGUGUCACAUCAA